AUGGAGAAAACAUUGCAUUGGCUAGUUCCAAUUGCUACAAACACAGCCAAAGCACAUUAUGGUUUUGGUUGGGUAGGGGAGUGGGCAAGCACUAGCUCUGAGCUGAAUAAGAAGACCAUGAAGGCUGAAGUGAUGAGGAUUGAAACACUUCACCAUGCUGAUAAAGAAAAAUCUGGCAUGCAAAAACAUGUUGUAACAGGCGUGCAAGCGUAG